UACUUGACCCUUUUUGCUCUCCAAUCCGUCCAUCUGGUAGUGGCACCUGAACAAUCUAUUUGGUGUCCCUCGAGCGAGAUACUCUCUACAUAGCCCAGUUGUUCAACUUAACCAAUGAAGUCAGAAAAUUGUUGAAGAGCUGAUCGGAUCUUAAGCCCCAAAUGGAAUUAAUAUAGAUACUGUAGAUCGACGGAUCCAACCAAUUCAUUAUGCGUACAGAGGUUAUCAAGGCGGACACCAUUGAUGCUGCCAUUGAAAGGAUUCUCAGUGAGCUUGGGGCGGACACUAGAAGAAGCAGCAACAGAGAGAACACCAUAUAUUUUGAUGGCUGGAACGGGCUUGGGGCAUCUACGGUCCUGCAAGCCGUAGCCAAACGCCUUGCAGUAUCAGGUGACCUCUCGAUGAGGCCUGCAGGGCUCGAGUUUCAUAAAAUCAUCCACAUCGAUUGCUCAAAGUGGGAGAGCAGAAGAGCUAUGCAGAGGAAAAUUGCAGAGCAGCUGAAGCUUACCGAUUCAGUGAUGGAGAUAUUUGACAAACAAGACGAGGAGGAUGAUUUCAAUGGGUUAGACCAGGGUUCCCGGGCUGAGAUAGCACAAAUUUCCACUGAGAUCUAUCAAACCAUGCAGAAUCUCAGAUUCCUGGUGAUCCUACACAAUGGAGGCAAUCAGGAGAUCGAUAUAUUCAAUUCUGGUCUUUCUCUAUAUGAAUAUGCCAAUAGCAAGAUGUUGUGGACUUUCAGAGGAAGGUUUCGGCUUGACCCCAAGGUGAUAGACAAUGUGAAGAAGAGCACAACAACAAAUGUUCUUCUUUCAGCUUCAAGAGAUAGGCGAGAUCCGCAGGAGCUUUGGUCUUAUCUAGUGCGCCAUGAAGCUGCACAAAUUUCAUGGAAUAAGCAUGGACAUGCCAUCAUCAAUUCAGCAAUUGCUGCUAAGUGUGUUUCAUAUAUGCUGAAACAAUCCUGGAUUGGCUCUCACAUCAUUGACUACAACUGGGAUAUCCACGCCAGUAACUACUGGAUAUGUGAUGGCAUCAUUACACUUGAAGGCAUUGAUCAAGCAUGGAAAGUUGGCAAUGCUCUGCAGCAGGAGGUGCAGUUGUUGUUGGACAUGGACGGUCGGCUUAACAAUGAUGAAUCAAGACUAAUGACUUUCAGCGCUCAGCUGGCAAGCUCUGCCGAGGUCGUGCCAUACUGGAUGUCAACAACAACUUGUGGAUUUGUACUGAGCCCCUCCGGUGCUAUUUUUGAUAACAUGUUUCAACACUCGCACAUGCUCGGCGUGCUCAAAAUCUCAAGGUGUGCCUUCAGUUUCUCAUCACCUCCUUUCCUCUGUUGCCACAGCCUGAGAUUCCUGUGUCUUGAGUACUGUCAAGACCUCCGAACAAGGAGUUGCCAGCCAGAUGCAGACAAACAAGAGAAGGAGCUGGACAAGAGCCCCAUAGAGUCAUGGGAAUGCUUCACAAGCUUGUGGGUGCUUGAUGUUCGCUACACAGAUUGGGAUCAGAUCUUGUCCACAGAGGUGAUAGAUCUCAUGACCCAGCUCAGGGAGUUAAACGUGAUUGGAGCCAAGAACUGGGACAUGAGCCAUCUACGGGGAAGGCUGCGUAACAUUCGCAAGCUCCGUGUAACAAAGUCCACCUGCUUCUUCAACAAUGAUGUGUUCUCAGAGAUGGAAUGCAUAGAGCUUCUUGAUUUUUCUGGAAAUACUGUCAGACAAAACAUGGCAAGCCUAUCAGGGCCAACAAGCAACAGCAGCCUUAACAAUGUCAUUAUUGACGGAUGUGAGGGUUUAAAAAUUAUCUCUUUCAGGGACUGCAAAGAAUUGGAGAACCUGUUCUUGAAAGGAUCGUUGGACACUCUCGAGGAGCUGGAUCUUUCAGGCACAAAGGUAAAAACUCUCGACCUUGGAGGAGUAGAAUCCACACUCCCCAAGCGGAUCAUCCUGCUGGGCUGCGAGAAGCUCCGUGCAAUAUUAUGGCCAGAGAGUGUAAUAAAAGAGAAAAAAGAGCGGUAUGUGCUGCGGAUUGACACUACCUCAACAUCAACAUCAACUGACGGAGGGGAAUCAACACAUGCACAUCCACAGAGUUAUCAAUCCCUCCAGCAGCAGAAAGAAAAAAUGUUUAAGGAUGGAUGGCAGAUUUCUUCCACGGAUGCAAGGCUCCUUAGGUCGCUUUCACCUGUAAUGAGGUAUUUUGUAAAUAAAAACCUACAUAUUGAUAUCUAUUCUCCAGCUAUUCUUGGUGGUAGCAACGUACAAGGAACAAGCAGUGACAAACUAGUGCAAGUCCAACCGCAUACAAGUACCAUAAUGGACUGCGAGUACAGAGACGUCGCGAAGGAUGGCCCAGUUGAAAUGAUGAUGAUGUCGGAGUGUCCUACGAUAUAUCUUGCAUACAAAGUUUCUUGUAUCCUAAGGGUGAUUAUGCAUGGGAAGGGCAACAAGCUCUUGGUGGAGGAUGCUCCAAGUGCUAGUACUAGUGCUUUAUUAUUCCCUGAUUUUACAUAUAAAUGGGCUACAUCGCUGCACGUGUACGAUAACUCGUCCAUCACCAGUAUCCCGGCACCACCCAAAGGAUCAGGAUGGCAUAGUCUAAGAUGGUGCCGGAUCGAGAGGUGCCCCAAGUUACACACAGUCUUCACUAUUCCCAUGGGCAGUGAUGUGGACAGCUUUUCUUGUAUGAGGACAUUCUGGGCGUCCCAGCUCCUCUCUCCAUGCUACAUCUGGGACAGGCCACUUAAUACUACUACUCCAUUCCUGAGUUUCAUGCACCUGGACCACUGCCCCAGGCUCGUCCAUGUGCUCCCUCUCUGCAGACGGAACAUCAUGCGGUAUCCUAGAUAUUCUAGAGAUAGUGUAAUGGAUCGCCUAGAGAUUCUAGAGAUAGUGUACUGCAGUGACCUCAAGGAGGUAUUCCCUUGGGACCUGGAGCUUCACGCGCAGGAUGAUACAGCUAUAGUAUUCCAGAGCCUGAGGUUCAUCCACCUGCACGAGCUCCCCACGCUGCAGCGUAUCUGUGGCCGCAGGAUGUGCACGCCUAACCUAAAGACCAUCAAGAUCAGGGGCUGCUGGAGCCUCAGGCGUCUGCCGACAUUCGGGCCAUUCGGGCGCUACACCAAGCCGCCCAAGGUCGACUGCGAGAAGGAAUGGUGGGACAACCUGGAGUGGGACGGGCUGCAGGAGCACCACCACCCUUCCCUCUACGAGCCGAGCCACUCGCUGUACUACAAGGCCCAGCUGCCCAGAGAGAGCCUACUCAGGUGAGGAGGUAAUCUUUAGGUUCCUUCAACCGACAUAACUCAAGUUUUCGUGCUGUGCUUCCUGCUUGAUUGGUUUGUGGGUUCUCUUCUCUACGUCCGCAUACUGCAUUGCCAUGGUGUGGCAAUGAACUGGCAGUUUUGGUCUGAUUUGAUUUGAUUUGGUUUGAUCAUCUUUUCUCUGUCGAUUGGAGUACCGGUCAUCUGGUUGCAUAGGUGAUGGUACAAUCUCUUGAGCAAAAUGAGAAAUAAAUCAGAGUGGGUAUUCGACUGAUGCAGCAUGAACCCCUUGAUGCUGACAUCGAUAACGUGCUCCUUCUCUGUGUGUAUGAUGUCGUUUGUUAUGGUAUGGUUUUUUAG